AUGAAACUGCACUACACUAAAAUAUUAUUAUUUUUCUUUCCAUUAAAUGUAUUGUUAACAUCAUAUCAUGCACAUAAUAAAAAUAAAGCAUCCAUCACACCACAUCAUACACGAAGUACUACGUCACGAUUGUUAAGCGAAUAUGACACAGAAUCGUCAAUUUAUGAUAGUGAUGAGGAUAUCAAUUCAGUGAAGGAAAUUUUCGAACGGCAAACAUCACGACGUUUUGAAGAAUACGAAGAACGUAUGAUAACACAACGACAAAAAUAUAAAGAACAACGUGACAAAGAUAUACAAAAAAUUAUUUUAAAAGAUAAAAUGGAGAAAAACUUAGCAAAAAAAAUAGAAAAAGGUUGUCUUAGGUGUGGAUUUGGGCUAUCAGGUGUUGCAGGAAGUAUUGGAUUAUUUGGUGCGGUUGCUAUAAAUAUCUGGAAACCUGCGGCACUUAAGGCCGCUAUUGCGAAAGCUAUAACUGAGGGUACUGCUGACAUUGCAGCUGCAGGUGUUAAAGCAGGUGAGGUUACAGGUAAGGUAUUAGUUAUUUCAGGAUUAAAACGAAUGGGUAUAUCAACUCUAGAUGGUAAGGAUUUGGGAACCUAUUUUGCUACAACAUCUUAUAAAAAUAUCACAAACAUUACUCAAGCUGUUUCUAGUGAAUAUGUACAGAAAUGUAUAUCUGCUUCUUCAGGGAGUGUGCGCUUCCGUUUAGUUGACGCUCAGCGUGAUAUUCAUUUUUGCCAUUCGGUGUGGAAACAAACUUCAGCUGUAUCAACACCAAAAAAGGGUAUUUCAUAUAAGGAAGUUAUAGAAAGAACUGUAGAAACUAUGGUGUCAAAGGCCGAAGGACCUGCUAAUACAGCCGCUGAGAUUGCUGAAGCUGCUAAUAAAUUAGCUAUUGAAGAAGCACAAGAGAAAGUUAUGGAAGCUACAAUUUACAAUUGGUACACCACAAUUGGUUACUCCAUCCUUGCCAUAUUAAUUAUAGUUUUAAUUAUGUUGAUAAUAUAUUUGAUUUUACGUUAUAGACGAAAAAAAAAAAUGAAGAAAAAAGCCCAAUACACAAAAUUAUUAAAUGAAUAA